AUGGCACCAGCCCAUACCAACAAAUUACUUACCGACGUGUCCUUCACCCUUAACAACGGCAAGAAGAUGCCUGCGUUGGGGUUGGGAACUGCCAAUAUGGGCCCCCACAUGGCUAAGACCACCGAAGCAGUCAUUGCUGCUAUCGAAGCCGGGUACCGUCACAUUGACACUGCUAGGAUGUACGGUUCGGAGGAGUAUGUCGGUGCUGCCAUCAAAGAUGUGAUUGCUAGGGGUAUCGUCAAGAGAGAAGACUUGUUUAUUACCACCAAAAUUUGGUGUACGUACUUUGAUAACCCGGCCAAGUGUCUUGAUAUUUCGUUGAAAGCCUUAGGCUUGGACUAUGUCGAUCUUUUGUUACAACACUGGCCGUUGUGUAUGGAAGGAGACGAAGACGGAAAUUCUAUUAAACGUGAGGACGGCACCUUUGUCUUCAAUCCAAAUGGAAGCUACAUCAAGUUUUACCAGAAAAUGGAGGACCUUUACCGCACUACUGAUAAGGCCAGAUCUCUCGGGGUUUCCAACUACAGUAAUGCGUUUCUUACUGAAUUAUUGAAGGUUGCUAGAGUGAAGCCGGUAGUGAACCAAAUUGAGUGCCAUCCGCGCUUACCUCUGAAGGAUAUUGUCGAGUUUGACAAAUCGCUCGAUAUUUUGAUCACUGCCUAUUCUCCAUUAGGUGCUGCGGGUGCACCUAACUUGAAACUUCCGUUGGUCCAGGAAUUGGCCCAGAAGUAUAACGUCACUGGCAACGAAGUUUUAGCAUCAUACCAUGUGCAGAGCGGUAGAAGUGUGAUUCCUAGAUCGGUUAAUAUUUCCAGAGUGAAGGAAAACAUUCACUUGGCGCCAUUAACCGCGGAGGAUCUCGCUGGUUUGGACCAAAUUGGGAUUGAUGAACCUCACUCUGUGAUGAUGCCGGAGAUUUGGGCCAAGAUGAUUGGAUUUACAACUUACACCAAGAGCGAGUAA